AUGGAGUUAAAAAAAAUCAACAAUAUCCGUUUGGGUGACAGAUACAAAGUUCCGACUGAGAAGAGACGAAUCGAUGUUUGCGACAACAAGUACAAUCUUGCGGUCUCAAGUUUCGAAAAGGUUCGGAAACUUGCACAGAAUAAUACGUUUGCGAAGAAUCGUAUGGAAAUGUAUAACGGCAUACAAACUGGCCUUGAGGCUGUGCGCCAAUGCGAAGACGGAUGGAUAAAGGAUGGUCCGAAACAACAAUCCCCUUUGUGA